CGAAAAGUUACUUCGUGUUCGUGUUUUCAGUUCAUGCGAGUGUCAAUAUGUAAUACAGUGUAUUUGAUGUUUCAUUUGCUCACCACCUCAACUUGAUGCUCUAUUGCAUGCUUGCACUCGGUUUAUGAUCAAUGUUCAUAUAAGUGACAACAGCAACGAGAAUCGUGGGACACACUUUGUACAAUUGUAAUUUGUUUGCUGAGGAACGAUUACCCAAACGGAUUGGACUGUAGGACGAUAUGGAUGAUGAUGCAGAGUUACUUGCGUCCUUGAUAGAUGAUCAAGACACUGAUUGUGACAAUGACAGUGUCCCAACUAGCAUGGCAGCUGAUGCUAUACCAUCAUCAGUUAGUAGCUCCAGUUCACAACAGGACUCGAAGCAGGCUAACCUUGACGCCAUGAUGGCGAAAAUGGCUGAAAUGCAGCAGCAGAUUUCAACGCUUCAGUCGCAGUUGGCUUCGAAACCAAGUGAUGCAGGAAGUAGUCAGCAGAAGUCGACGUCAACAUCAACUGCACAGCAGCAAGCGUUGCGGGGCGCUCAGCAGUGUCCUGCAAGCAGUCCCGCCGCUCGACCAUCGCCUGACGCUCUGUUUCGGCAAUCUGGCGGCAGAAUGGCACAUACUGUUUCCAGCACACAGAGCUCACAAGCGUCAAGUACUUCCCAAUCCAGUCGUCGUCAGCAAUCCAGUGAACGACGGCAGACGGCUACCUCCACAUCAUCAUCAUCGUCGUCGACUCAGCGCACUGGCAGUGUGCGGCAAUCUGCUGAUGACAAGUCAGUGAAAGAGAUCUUCUCUGGCCUGCAUUUAAUAAACCCUUCCAUCUCAUCCACUGUUAUGAGCCAGCGCAUGGAGAAUCGGCGUAUGAUUCGGAUACCCCGGCUGGUCAACGAGAAACCGUCCGACUCACAACUGGGAGACAGUUGGGUGACGAUUGGUGUACUCAUCAAGAAGAAUGUCAAGCAAUCAGCCAAGGGAACCAAUUAUUCGAUUUGGACUCUGUCAGAUUUAUCAUCGUCAACAGCUAACUUCUCCUUGUUCCUGUUUGGCAAGGCACACUCUGAGCAUUGGAAAAUGUCCGAAUGCACAGUGGUGGCAGUAUUAGCUCCAGGCAGCAUGGACAAGGCGGGCUCUGACGUGGCGUUCAAGAUCGGUGAACCUGAGAAGCUGAUGCAACUGGGCCAAUCACGUGAUGCCGGAUAUUGCAAGUCAGUUACUAAAGCUGGUAACAAGUGCCGCUCUAUCAUCAACAAGUCAACAUGUGAGUUCUGUGAAUACCAUGUGCAGGCCGAAUACCGCCGUGUCAGUGCUAAGAGAAUGGAGUGUCAGGGAUCAAGCCAAAAGCCGCAGAGCAAGAACAUCAUGGAGCGUGUUAUAGGUAAAAACAAGAUGGUGAGCUAUGGUGGACAGUCAUAUGGUGCGCCAAGUCGCACAGCACGUGAUCUCCAAGGCAUCAAAUCCACAGGGCCCAUGGCGAAGAGCAGCCUCCACCAAAUGUCAGUGCCCAACUCCGCUGCUGCUCUCAAGGAGCUUGAUAGCCUUCGCAAGAGCAAGCCAGCACAGCCCGCUACACGUGCGACAGGCCAAGUAAUGUGCUCAUCUGCCAGCAAGCCUAGUUCACAAGUCAUGUGCCCAUCUACCAGCAAGCCUACUUCACAAGUCUUCCAACAAAUGAUACAAGCUGAUUCUCCCGGUGCACGCUUACUCCGUGGUGCACAGCGUUCUACAGGGUCAGAUGGGGGUGAUGGUAGCGGAGGUGAUCAAAUCCGUACUGCGCGAGAUAUGCUGUUUGAUGAAGACAAGGAGCAUGGUCACGUCAGAGCUGGUAUGGGUAACUUGCCAUAUGAGAGCACUAUCAAGUCAAAACUAAAGUCAGGAAAGAAGAGCUCCAGUCAGCAGUCAACACCCUCAUCCCGUCCUGAGCUAGGCGGUGCUGGCAAACAGAGUCAGUCGCGCAGUUCUAAGUCUGCUUCAAAGUCAAGUCAAUCUCAAUCCGGCAGCGCAUCCUUCUCCGAUGCCUUGGGCAGCAGCAGUUCAAGCGGCUCAAUGGCUGGCUCAAAGCGGAAGAGUACAACCUCAUCAGCAGCUGGUGAUAGAAAGCGUCGUAGUCAAGGUAGCUCAGCGUUAUUUGAUGAUCAUGUGGAUAUUCCUCUCGGCGGCGAGGCAUUCUGUGAUGAUCAGAUGACGAUGCAGAGCGCAUUUGACGACGAUGAUUCCUUAGAUCGCUACGUCAAGACACCCGCUGUAAAGACGUGUACUCCUUCCACCGGUGCGCCUGUCCUUGGACGAGGUCUGGUAAAGGAUGGCGAGGCGACAUCAUCGGCGGCAGCACCCGGCAGUGUUGAUGUAGUCUUGCCAUCGUCAUCUUCACCCAUGUCAGCGCCUACAAAGUCCAAUGAGAUCCACACAAGGCGGCAGCAAGAUGCUAUGGAGCGUGCGAUAACAGCUGUGCAAAAAUCUGGCGGCUUAGCAACUGUUGAUCCCAAUGCUGUCCCUGGGAAACGAGCAGCAGUUGCUGGAAAUCCCAGAGAAAGCCAGAAAAGCAAGACAGCAAUUGCCAAUGCAAUUGCGCCGCCAGCAAGUAGCUCGAAUAAGAAGAGAAGUUUGUCCGCACUGAUGGAGAUGUCUGAUUCCGAUGUGCAGCGUGUCAGCAAGGCAAAGUCCUCACACUAUGACGAGGCAAAACUUCUCGAGCUGGAACAGCAGGAGAGAUAUUUCAAUAAACUGGAGCGUAAGGAAGACAUGGAGAACAAAAUGAAGACUGUGAUGGAGAUCAAGGUCAAGGUGGUUCAGUGCAAGGAGUGCUCGUAUACAGCUGAAAGUGCAUCAAAGCGGUGCUCCACAGAACACAAGGAGAAGCUGGUCUGGUCGCAAACGAUGAAACGCUUUUUCGAGUGUGAGGGCUGCAAGCAACGGGAAAUGACGUAUGGAGGUGCAUGGCCCACUGUUGUGUGCAAGUGUGGCUUGUCCAACUAUCGCCGUGUCUCCAUGUUUAAGGAGAAGUCGUACAAACCUACAGAGUUUGAAUGGAACAGUAGCUCACUCCUGAUUCGAGGAGUUGAACAUUCGAAAUUCGUCAGCGGCUAGGAGACUCACUUCUGUCCAAAUUCUUGGUACAUAAAUGCCCCAGUUCAACUAUUCACACGAACCUUUCGUCCGCAAGUUUAAAUUUAUUUUAGAGACCAAUUUGGAUAAGAUUAUUUAGCUCACUUUCCCUAGUUAUUUUUCUAAUAUUUGUUUGACUCUGCUGACUCUUUUCAAUUCUUUGCCUACUUCCUCCGGCUUGAGAACAACUGCUGCAAAAUACAUGCACAUAUAGACAUGGUAAAUGAGUAGCCUAUUUUUUUGCUGUGUAUGUUGUGCCGGCGCUGAUGUUGUUCGUCAUGCUUGCAUGUAUCAUGGACUAGUCUAGGUACAUUGUUUAUUAGAUGCUGACUACCUGAGCGUACUUUCAUGGUGUUUUUGUUUUGUUUUUGUUUUUUCGGGAUCAUGUAUUUCACUGGUGAUGACCAAGGGCUGGAUGUUUAAAUCUGAUCCCUUUGUGUUUGUUUUCUCGCAAGAGAACGUGUGGAGACAGAAAAGUACGAUCAUGUA